GUGAUGUGACGUUUCUUUUUUUUGCAUAAAAUUCCAUCACAAAAACACAUAAAAUGUAAACUAUAAAAGGAAUGAAGAAUUUUGAAAUACUCCGUACUGACUGCGUCGUCGAGAUGCUGGAUGUGCUCUGCGCGAGAGAACAACGAACGACCUUACAGUGAAAGUAACCCCGAGAGUAUUGCUUCCCUUCCCAUUCUAAAUCUAACUCAGCGACGUCCUCAACCGUCUCAUCAUCAUCAUCAUCAUCAGCGACGCGGUAUGGUAAACAAUGCGCUCGCCGCGGGUGGGAGGACUGCGAUGACCCCAUCGUCCCCACGAAUUUGACUCGUCUUCGCGGAUCUGUGCGUCGGCGGCGUGGUCCUGCGUGUAGGGUUGAUGACUGGUAUAAAUGCUACGGCAUCCUCUAGGAGGCGAUAGUGUGCGCUUCGUUUCGGCGCCGAACACAUCGAAACACACACACAAUUAGGUGUUUUCUAAUUAGUUUUACAAGUUUUAAAGGCAGAAACUAUCGACCAACAUGAGGAAAUUAAAUAUUUCUUUAGUGCUAUUGCUGGUGGCGUUUGGUGUGCAGGGUCAAAAUGGUAAUGGGUAUAAUUACAAUAAACCUGAUAAACCAUUUGGAGGUCCUGGUGGUCCAGGUGGUCCUGGUGGUAGUGCACCAGGUGCACCAGGUCCAGUAGGACCAAGUGGAGGUGCUCCAGGAGGACAACAAGGUUAUCCCUCUGGACCAGCGCAAGGUCCUGGCGCAGGACCAUCAACUGGUUACCCAUCUGCUGGUGGUCCUUCACAACAAGGUCCAGGUCAAGCUCCAUCCGGUGGAUAUCCGUCUGGCAGACCAGGCCAACAAGGUCCACAGGGUCCAACCGGUUAUCCAAGCGGUCAGCCAGGUGCUCAACCAGGUGGACAGGCCGGUUAUCCAUCUGGUAGACCUAGUGGACCAGGAUUUCCGGCUGGUGCUCAGCAACCUGGUGGUUAUCCGUCGGGUCAACCACAAGGACCACAACGGCCUGGUACUCAAGGUCCGACUGGUGGAUAUCCAAGUGGACCACAAGGCGGACAACCUGGACAACAAGGCCCUGGAUAUCCAAGCGGAGGACCAGGUCAACCAGGUGCUGGUUACCCAAGCGGAGGACCCGGACAACAAGGACCAGGUUAUCAAAGUGGAGGAGCAGGACAACCAGGGGCGGGUUACCCAAGUGGUGGACCUGGACAACAAGGUGCAGGAUAUCCUAGCGGUGGACCUGGUGCGCAAGGUCCUCAAUUUGGUGGUCAAGGCGGACAAGGUGGUCAAGGACCCAGUGGACCAUCAUUUGGCGGCCAAGGCGGUCAAGGACCAAGUGGACCUUCUUACGGGGGACAAGCACCGAGUGGACCUCAAUUUGGCGGUCAAGGACCAAGUGGACCUUCUUUUGGUGGUCAAGGACCAACUGGCCCAACUUUUGGCGGACAAGGACCUAGCGGACCAUCUUUCCAACAAGGUGAUGUUGGAGGAGAUGGCGGCCAAGAUGAUGGAUCAUACGACGGUGGUGAUUACUCAGCUAUUCCCGGCGAACCUGACGUCGACUACCCCAUUCUUUCCGAAAUUCCCGAGACUUCAUUCCGUUGUGAAGACCAGCAAUACCCAGGUUACUAUGCUGAUGUAGAAACAAGAUGUCAGGUUUUCCACAUUUGCGCAAACAACAAAACCUACGAUUUCCUCUGCCCUAAUGGCACCAUCUUCCAUCAAGAAUAUCUCGUGUGCGUCUGGUGGAACCAAUUCGAUUGCAACACCGCUCCAUCACUCUUUGGCAUCAACGCUAACAUAUACGACUAUUCAAUUGUAGGCGCACAGCAACAACCGGGUGGUUACGCGGGACAACCAGGACAAGAAGGCCCAACUGGUCCAUCUGGUCAAUUCCCAGGACAGCAAGGUCCUACAGGUCCAACAGGGCAAUUCCCAGGUCAACAAGCUCCAACAGGUCCAACUGCUCAAUUCCCUGGUCAACAAGGACCUAGCGGUCCGUCAACAGGAUACCCAGGAGGACAAGCUCCAGCUGGUCCAACCGGUGGAUACCCCUCUGGACCAUCAACAUCAUUCCCAGGACAACAGGGUCCGCAGGGACCUACCGCUUCUUAUCCAGGUCAGCAAGGUCCAACUGGACCAACAGAUCCUGGUGCACAAGGUCCCUCUGGACCAACAGCUGGUUACCCAAGUGGUCCAUCAACUGGUUUCCCAGGUGCACAGCAAUCAAGCGGACCUUCGUCUGGUUAUCCUAGCGCGCAAGGCCCAGGAGCACAGGGACCAACCGGCACAGGCCGACCCCAAGGCCCCGGUGGUCAGCAACCAGGUCAAUUCCCAGGUUAUCCAAGCGACCGACCUUCAACUGGUUUCCCAGCCCCCGGAGGCCAACAGCCCGGUCAGCAGCAGAGACCCGGUCAGUCGCCACAGCAGCCGACGCGAGAAUACCUCCCACCAGUAAGCGGUUAACGUACAAAACUUGCCUUAACGAAAGUUACCAUUUCUACCAAGUUACCAUAUCGAGCCUUAGUGAAAACGUAUGUACAUAAUAAUUUAAGAUUACCUAUUUAAAAGCGACGAAUUUUACAUAUUUUUCUAUAUAAAAAAAAAGAAACGCUUACGAGAAAUAGUUAAUAAACGGCCGCCAGGGCCAUCUUGUUUAUGAAUCCGAUGCCUACAAUGGCGUAGCCACAAUGCUAAUGUAUUCUAGUGACGACGAGUGUGUGAAUAGAGUUCACUCGUUUCUUAGCUUUAUUUAAUUUGUCAGUUAUUGUAUUAGACGCAAACAGACAAAACAAAC